GUAAGAUGUUUAUGGAGUCAGUCGUUCGAUGGGGAGCAUGGAGCAUCCUGCUCCAGUUUGGACUGUGUGUAUCUGCAGGAAGCUGUCCUCCACGCUGUGUGUGUCGACCUGAGGCUAAAGAAGUGAUCUGCUCUGGCAAACAUUUGAACUCAGUGCCAGAGGGCUUUUCCAGUGAUGCCAGGCGUUUGGAUUUAUCCCACAAUAAGAUUAAGACUGUGGGGCGCCGCCAGUUCUCUGGCCUCCUGCAACUUCAAGAGUUAGAUCUCAGUGAUAAUGUAAUCUCCAUGAUUGAGGUGGAGGCUUUCCAGGGCCUACAGAAUCUCAGAACGCUUCGGAUUAAGAAUAACCGACUCAAGAUCAUCCCGGUUGGGGUGUUUUCUGGCCUGUCCAGUCUGCGUCUUCUGGAUUUGAGCCAGAAUGAGAUUCUGGUCUUCCUGGACUAUACCUUCAAAGAACUGGUAAACCUGCAAACACUGGAGGCUGAGGAGAAUGACUUGGUCUUCAUCUCCCAGAGGGCUUUCUUUGGUCUGCAGAAUCUACAGGAGCUCAACAUAGACCGCAGCAACCUGACCUCUGUUCCCACCGAGGCAUUGUCUCAGCUCCAGAGCCUAACACGUCUUCGCAUGUUACGUCUCACCAUUUCUUCACUGCCCAACAACGCUUUCCGACGACUCCACCGUUUGCGUAGUCUCCUGAUUGCAAAUUGGCCAGCAUUGGACACUAUGGCUAGCAACAGUCUAAUCGGUCUUAAUUUGACCUCACUUGUCAUCAGCAGCUGCAACCUAAGUGCUAUUCCUUAUUCAGCACUUCGUCACCUGGUGUAUCUGCGCUUCCUAGACCUGUCCUACAACCCCAUCACUGUUAUCCAAGGUAAUCUGCUAGGGGACCUCCUGAGACUCCAGGAGUUACACCUAGCAGGGGGGAGCCUGCUACGAAUAGAGCCGGGGGCCUUUAGGGGACUGGCCUACUUUCGUAUGCUUAAUGUGACAUCCAAUCAGCUCACCACUUUGGAGGAGAGCGUCUUCCACUCUGUGGGGAACCUUCAGGUGUUGCGGUUGGAUGGGAAUCCCCUAGCAUGUGACUGCCGGCUCAUCUGGGUGGUCCGACGCCGAUUGCGUUUGAACUUUGAUGGACAUCAGCCCACUUGUUCGUCCCCUGAUGCGGUGAGACAGCGUGAAUUCAGAGACUUCUCAGAGAAGGAGCUCCCGAGGCUGUUCACCUGCCGCCCUGCCCGUAUCAUGGACCGCAGGCCACAGGAGGCGAGAGUAGAGGAGGGUACUACAGUUCUCUUCUCCUGUAAAGCUGAUGGGGAUCCAUUACCAUCUAUCACCUGGAUCUCAUCCCAUAAAAAUGUGGUUUCCCCAACAGGACGAAUCAGAGUUUUGGGUAAUGGUACUCUAGAGGUGCGUUUUGCCCAAGUUCAGGACAGUGGCACAUAUCAGUGCCUGGCAGGCAAUGCAGCUGGCAAUGACAGUCUGACUGUCGGUCUGUAUGUGAAGGGGCUCCCUCGUAACCGAACCAUCCCCUUCCUCGCAGAGGAGGGCUGGGCAGAGCCUUCAAAUCCCCAAGCUGCCAACUCCUCAGCUCAAAUGGCCAAGCCAUACCCGUUUGAUGCAAAGACCCUGAUCAUCGCAACCACCAUGGGCUUUCUGUCUUUCCUCAGCUCGGUGGCCAUCUGUUUUGUCUUCAUGUUUUUCUGGAGCCAGAGCAAAGGUCAGAUCAAGCACACGGCAACUAUUGACUUUGUUCCUCGGUCUUCCAUGGGUGGUGGAGGAGGGGAUGGAGGUGACGGUGGCAGGUUCACCAUGAAACUUAUUUAGAGAGCCAUGGAAUAGGUCAAAGAGGCCUUCAUAUUGACAGUGAGAUCUGCACUAUGGACCCCCUAUUGGGAAGCUCAAGUAAUUUCCCCACGGGGAUUAUUAAAGUAUUUCUGAUUCUGAUUCUGAUUCUGACAGAGACCCCUAUUCAGAGGCUUCUUUAGAAGGCAAAUCAGAGCAAGUUUGUUUGGGCUUGUGCUAGACCUCUUCUAAUUUUAGAGUGGAAAGUUACAUCUCAGCACCCACUUUGCUGUGUUAUCUAACUAAUGAAUAUAUCAUGACCCUGGAAUAGAAAGAGGUUAACAGAUUGUUGGUGGAGCUGUCUCAUGGUUGCUGUGCAUUUGUUUUCAACAACUUUUACUUUGAAUAAGCAAAUGGCCACUUACCUAGCAAAGGUCAUUUUUUAUGUAGCAUGUAAUUAUAAAAUAGCUUAAAUUUUCACUGAUUUUGGGAUUAACACAUGAAGACAGUUUGACACAUUUAUCUAAGAUUUCUGCAUUGUCAAAACAUAUCAGGUGCUUGUUUGAUCAUCCACAUUGUACAAGUGUGAUCAGCUGUAUGUCUUCACUUGCCAAUACAAGCCAAGUAAACAUUUGCCGUUUUGACCCUCAAGUUGCUAUUUCUGCUUACCCACAGAGGAUCAUGUCUGACUGCCAAUUCAGCACUGGCUGUAAGACUUUAACAUGUGAAUAUGUCACUACAACACUUUUGAUACUUGCAAUAAUAAUAUAUGGGAUAGACUAGCCAAAUAAUUUCUCAAUUUUAUGGUUACAUUUUGGACAUUUUGGAGUAUAUUUCGGGUGUGCUGCAUUAGACAUCUCCUCCUGUAUGGGCACUGCUUACUUUAAAUGAUCAUGUAGCAGUGUAAAGGGACUGAGAGCAUACCAUAAUGUACAUAGGAAUGUAUCCUUUCCAAUUUCACUUAAAAAGAAAAUUGUCAGGUCCAAAUUGGAUCACUGUCUUUCUUUUGUAACAUAUUAUUCUAUCAUGUAAGUACAUUAGAUGACUCUCUGUUCCAUCAGAAUAUGCUAUGAUUUCUCCUUUUUAUAUUCAAGAAACCACUUUUUUAUUUUUUACCCAGAUAAAACACUGAAAAAUAUGUGCCUCAGUAACAUUCUCACCAUCGACAGAGAGAAUGCUCACCUGAUUAUUGAUAUCUUGUAAAUAUUUAGGUCAAGGGCAUUUGUGUGCACUGGGUUUAUUCUAUCAUUUUAUCUAGUUCUGGGGAUUAGUGUCACUCAAAUAUGUCACUCUUGUAGUGUAAAAACUGUAACUGUAGAUGCACUACGCACAAAGCAAUGCUUUAUUAUGCCAGGAAAAGAGGAUGUAAAGGAUACAAAUACAGCAUUGACAGGUUUGUUUAUUUGCUAUCUUGUUCAUAAAUGAUUUUUUUUUUCAUUGUACUUAAAUAAAUGCCUGUAUUUAAACAUGC